AUGGGGGUUGGCGAUUAUGUCCAUUCCAAAGAAGGUGGGCAGGUUCGCGGAGCCCCCGAUCAAGCCCUCCAGUCGCGCCAGCAACGUGCAGAACAAGCCAGAGUCGAGGUGCCAGUCACCCAGCUAGUCGAUCCAAGUCUUCCAGGUGUCAAUGGUAGAGGUGGUUUACUAGAAUUCCAUGGUACAUCUCAAUUUCCCAAUCAGCCCCGCAAUCUUCCUACGAAUGGAAUGCAGCGGGACAGGGACGUGUUCGACACAGACGUGGAGGCCAUUGAUGAUUCCACCGUGGCGGGGACUAGCGUCUACGGAUUUGACGACAACAAAUCUCAAGCAGCGUCAAGUACCAAUGCUGCCUACACCAACCCCCUCCACCAACGACCUACCAGUCCCGGCCUUCACGGCAUACUUACGGGUCUAACUGAUGACUUCGAUGACUUUGGAAGCCAAAUGACUUCGUCUCUUGGUGGAGAUGGCGAGGAUAACGAAAAGCCCGACGAAGCGCACGACUGGCAUGUGCCACAAAAACCGCGUAUGACCGAGGAGCCAUUGAGCAAGCGCCUGGAGAAUUUCUGGUCCGCCAGCAGAAAGAGAACAACCUCACGGCAGCCUGUUACCGUAGACUCUGACCCCGAGCCUCAGACUCAACCACAACCCAAGUCUAAGCCGCGGAAAUUGGGUCAAUUGCUUCCUCCAACUGGGCCUAGGAAGAUUGUUCUACCUCACAGCUCGUCAGCGACGCCUAGGACACGUUUUAGUCCGCCAAAGCCUUCACUUCUUGAACAACUCGACCAACAGCUCGAUGCAUCCCCUACUCGCCAUCACUCUCAACCUCCACCAGAUGUUGGCCGGUCACUCAGCAUUACAUCGUUUCAAGAGCAUACUGACAGCGACGGUGGAAGUGAUGAUGGCAUGGACCGCACUAUACGCGCGGAUGAAAGACGGGAAAGCGGGGGGCAUUCAACUAAUGCCUUUGAUAUGACCAGUCUGACCGACCUAGACGUCGACCACACCAUGCACGAUCCCUUUUUUGUGCACGAGUCGCACGAGUCGCACGAGCCGCUUCAUCGGAGCCGUCGUAACACUGUCAUUCAUUCCAAAAAAAGAUCACUUGAGGCAGAUUACCCCCCAGAAGUGCUUUACCAAAAGUCUUUCUCGGAGCUCCAAGCUGAGCCCUUUGACAAAUCCCCCACCCCUCCUCCACCCGUUGUCAAAUCACCUUCUUUGCCACCAAACCCACCUUUUGUCCCAGACACCCAAGAGCCCAGGAAUGCCGUCUCCCAUCUGUUAGCUCUGACAGACCAAGAACGCCAGACUUAUUUGUCCCACAUGACCAUGGAUGAAUGGGAAGACUGCGGAGACCAAAUGAUCGACCGUUUUACUCAUCUUCUUUCGGAAAUGAAGAACCUACGACGUGCCCGGCGUCGCACAGCUGCUGUGUUUGAAGGCGAAGUCAAGCGUCGUCAUGACCAAGUUGAAACACAAAAUUUGGAGUUGACGAAUAAAUUGACCGAGAUGAGAACCGGCGGUGCAGAGGUUCUGCGUGGACGCCACUCAUGA